UGGAUCGCUUUGCUCGUCUGUAAAUUGCCAACUUGCGCCUGUUAAAUUCUAUCAAACGUUACUAAAGUAAAGCCCUUCUUAGACAUUGCAGUUCCGCUUAAAUCUAGAUUCAAUGCAUCAUAUAACGCCCGAGGGGGAGUGGUGUAGGAACUGGACCACUCUCGUUUUAGUUGGAGAGAGAUUUUGAACAGGAGAAAAGUACACUGAAAUAACUAUUGAGCGUGCAGUCGACUGGAUGAGGAAUAUAAGCCUCCGCCCCACCCUUUGCUCGCCACUUCCUUGGCGUCUGAGUAAACUUUAUUACGAGGGGCCAAAAUUCCUCUGGGAUCCGCGGAGGAAGGAACUGCAGAUAAACCGCACCGAGUAAUUAGCACGGCGUUUUAAGGCGGGCAGCUUUGCAAAUCCCCAGCGAACACAUCUGCUAAGUGAUAGCCGAGCAGUGGAAGCCAUUUAUCACAAACGUACGUGAGCAGCUCACACCCGGCGCUGAUGGACAGGGGCCACUGAGUAGGAUUCAGACAUGGGCCAGGUUGGACCUCCCUUGCCGCACUGAUCGUAUCAACACAAUCACUUUCUCCGGCGGCUCAGGGAGACGUUUGGCUGCUCGGGUGAGGUGCAGGUUUGAGAAACACAUACACACGCACACACACAUUCCCAGCUUGGCAGGGGUGCGGUUAGAAGCGCUCAGCUUGCCGAGAGCAGGAGGGGGUAUGAAUUCUUGCAGCUGUCCACGGUGCUGAAGCAUUGAAGCCGGGGUGUGCGGUCGAAAAGGAGAAGGAGCUCCUCUUCCUACGUCCUGUGGAGCGGCCGUUGAGCCCCAUUCAGAAGGAUGUUGAUGGGAAAUGACUGGAGACAGAGAGGACGAGCUUUGUCAGAAAGCGCUCAAUAUAGUAACCGAACUCUGCUUUAAAGGGCUGGUGGAACACGAAAGCUGUCUGGAUUUUUCCUACUAUCUCCGGGAUCGAGGCCGACCACGCCACACAGAUUCAGAUAUUUCCAUCAGUCUGUUGUCACUGGUAGUCACUGCCUGCGGCCUGGCCCUUUUUGGAGUCUCGCUGUUCGUUUCCUGGAAAUUGUGCUGGAUCCCGUGGCGAGAACGCAGUGAGUCGUCCAACCACAAGGACAGUCAACAGGAUCAGCAGCAUUACACAGACAACGAGACAGAUGGGCAUGAAUACAGCGAGGACUUUAUGACUGAACCUGCCUCCUACCCAGAGUCAGCGAUGAAGAUCAGUCACACGUCCCCAGAUAUUCCCGUGGACGUCCAGUCCAAGAAUAAGGAGAACUGUACUCAUAAUACGCGGAUGCAUCGGCAAGUAACAGAACCUACAUCAUCCUCCAGGCACAAUUCCAUAAGAAGACAGUUAAAUCUUUCCAAUCCAGACUUUGACAUCCAACAGUACCAAAGACAGGAAAAGCCAAUGGACAUUGGACGGAUUAAGCCUGAGUUAUACAAACAGAGGUCAGUGGACACCGAUGAUGGACGAAGGAACAAUCGCACAUGUGGCAAACUUAACUUCGUGCUGAAGUACGACUGCGACUUGGAACAGCUGAUUGUCAAAAUUCACAAGGCUGUCAACCUGCCUGCCAAGGACUUUUCGGGAACAUCCGACCCUUACGUGAAGAUAUACUUGCUUCCAGACCGUAAAACCAAACACCAGACUAAAGUCCACCGCAAAACUCUCAACCCUGUCUUCGAUGAAGCCUUCCUAUUUUCUGUGCCCUACAACGAGCUGGCCAAUCGGAAACUUCACUUCAGUGUCUACGACUUUGACAGGUUUUCCCGCCAUGACGUGAUUGGCCAAGUGGCUGUUGACAAUUUCCUCGACUUGUCUGAGUUUCCUCGAGAGACCAUGCUGUGGAGGGAUAUUUUACAUGUCACUUCGGAAAAUGUGGACCUUGGAGACCUGAUGUUUUCACUGUGCUAUCUCCCCACUGCUGGCCGGCUUACUGUCACAGUCAUCAAGGCUCGUAAUCUUAAGGCCAUGGAUAUAACAGGAGCUUCAGAUCCCUAUGUGAAGAUUUCUCUGAUGUGUGAUGGAAGGAGGUUGAAGAAGAGGAAAACAUCAACAAAGCGAAACACAUUAAAUCCUGUGUACAAUGAAGCCAUAGUCUUUGAUGUUCCCCCUGAAAAUAUCGACCAAGUGAGCUUGUUAAUAGCCGUCAUGGAUUAUGAUCGUGUAGGUCACAACGAGAUCAUCGGUGUGUGUCGUGUGGGGAAUGAUGCAGACAGACUGGGACGUGAUCAUUGGAAUGAGAUGCUCACCUACCCACGCAAACCUAUAGCACAUUGGCAUCAACUAGCAGAGUGGCAAAGACAGGCUUGUGUUGGCAAUCAAGGGUCCUACCACUCUCUAAAAGCACCACCAUCUCCUUGAGAAGAUGAAAAACUGUCACACCUCCACCCCAAUUUACCAAGGAGUCUCAUCGGAUCCCGAUCACAACCAUUCCUGAAGAUUUGUAAACAGGAAAAACUUGAAUAGUUCUGUGAUAAUUGCCUAAUUUAAAAAAUGUAUUUUUCUCUCUCUCUCUCGCUGUUUUAAUUUUCCAUGCAUGGAGACAUUGUAUUCAGUUGCAUGCUGGUUGGGCAUUCAUUUUAUUGAAUAUAUAUAUGUUAUUUUGUGUGACACCAGAUCACUCCCUGAGCAAUGUGUGAGCCCUGUGGUUUUGAAAAGUUCUAGGUUCACCAUGACCAGAGUGAGUUCUGGCAUCAGUUUUUUUUUAAAUUGGUCCUAAUACGUGACUGUAUUAUUUGGUCUGUCUCUUAAUUAUAGCGACAUCAAACACAUCUAUGAAAUGAAGCCAAAACUAUUUUAAUACAGGAUCUGCAUGUUUUAUUUAUAGUAACAAGAGGUGCAAUUUUUACUCCCGAGACAAAUGUGACAUCACGCUAAUGCAUUCAUCCAGGUUUUGGUGAUAUUCAUUUUUAGGGAGGUGGGGGAUUCUGUUUUCUUAAUAUUAACACAAAUGGCAAUUUAAAUGUACUGUGAUUUAUUCUUUAUAAACAUGUGAUAUGUAAAAAGAAUUUCAGUUCCUAAUAAAGGAGACAGU